CUUCUGUUCUUUUCUUCUUCUUUUUUAAUCAUUGUUGAUGAACUCAUGAGAACUUUAGCUUUUUACAAUUUUUACUGCCUUGUCAUUUCCUGUUGAAUAUUGUUUUUUCCUGAUAGCUUCUGAGAAUACAAUCAAAAUGCACACACCUUGUUGAUCUCUUCAUUUGUAACAGAGAAAACAUCUGGGCAUCUCUUUUUGGGGACCUUUCUAAGCUCCCAGAGACCUUACAAGAAACAGAUAAUGAACCUAGAAAGUACAGUGUCUAACACCCAAUUGCAAUUGAUUAUAGCACUUAGUUAUAGUGGACAGUAUGACGUUUUUUAAGCUUGCCAAAGGAUUUCUGUGAAGCUAAAGGAUGUCUUACUGAACCAAGUGACAUCAAUGAGUCUUUAGGUGAACAAGAACUAGAAACCAAAUGCUGGGAGUUCCCUUAUCAUGAGCUACUUAUAUGAACUAGUGGGGAGCUUGUAUUUCGCAAUUUUAUGUUAUGGGAGUUGGUCUACACAGAAUUAUUUUUUGCACAAGCACUGUGGCCCAAUUUUGGAGAAGCCAGAGGUGUUGCAAUCGUUUUAGCAAAGAGAGAUGUUAUGGCAGGCAAAAUUCUUAAUUGCUCUUACAUGCCUGUCAAGGCUUUAUUAUUGGAUGUGAGGGGAUCAUGGAAACUGACUGAGAUUGUUAGUGUCAUAUGAGGGAAUCCUUGAGUUAACUGAUUUCAUGGAAGAUUUAACAUAUGGCCACUAGAAGCUUCAAUCAACUCAGUUGAAAGGUUUUACUGAUAUGAAUUUCGACAUCUUAAUGGAUGCCAUGAAAUUUGUAUUCACACGUGGAUUACACCAAAACAGGGUUCUAUGGAAUUGUUUGAGAAGCAUAUGUCAACGCAGGUAGAAAGUGUUCUGUCAACCAACCUUUUAACGAACUUGAAGACUAGGAGGGAGAUUAUUUUCUGAUCAAAAACAGCUGAACUUGUCUUCCGUAGUCAAGUUAGACACUUGUUCUAUAUGAUUCUGUUGUUGAUUUCAAACCUUACCAUGUGAAUAAGGUGAUUGUCAGAAUCGAAUGUUACUAACAUACUUAAAUAUCCCUGUGUCACGUUGCACUCUAGUCAAACUAUCUUGGAAUAUGGCUGUCCAUCAUAUAUGGAUGGAAAGAAACAGAAGAUUGCAUUAAAAACAAUUCAAAAGUGAGGCAGCAGUACUGAAGUUAAGGGUAUUAAAUUGGCUGAUGGCUUUCAGCUCGAGAGUUGAUUUUGACAAAACGGGAUAUAGCUGCCCUACCUGGAUGGCUUCUGCAAGGUAACAUACUCUAUUUGCUAUUUAAUACAAACUAAUGCAGAAACAGUUGCAUCUCACUUACAAAAGAAUUCCACCUGUAAAGAACUUCACCGCUUUAAAUUAAAAUUAUAUCCUUGUUAUUUCCAUGGAUCUCUCUAUGGUUGUGUUAGCAUAUUCGGUCUGCAACCAAAUAGUUCCUUGUCGUUCUGCAAAUUUUUGUUCGGUAGCAGCAUCCUUAUAUUAGAGGUUGGCACGUCCUUAUCUAAGGAACAAAUCAUUAGAAAAACA